AUGCUAAAAUAGUAAGACAAAACUAUCAAACUUUAUCCGAAGUCUUUCUUUCGGUUCCUGACGAUCUGUUUUGCAACUUUGGCUGCUCUUGUAGCUGACACAAUGUCUUCGCAGUUCAACAGAGGUCCAGCAUACGGGUUUUCAGCGGAAGUGAAAAGCAAGAUUGCACAGAAAUAUGACCCCCAGAAAGAGGAAGAGUUACGAAUUUGGAUCGAGGGCAUUACUGGGCGCUCAAUUGGAGAUGACUUUCAGAAAGGGUUAAAAAACGGUGUCAUACUCUGCGAGCUGAUAAACAAACUUCAGCCAGGGUCUGUGAAAAAGAUCAACCAGUCAUCGCAAAACUGGCAUCAGCUGGAGAACCUGACCAACUUCAUUAAAGCGAUCACCACCUAUGGGCUCAAGCCUCACGAUAUUUUUGAAGCCAAUGAUCUGUUUGAGAACGGAAACAUGACACAGGUUCAGACCACCCUCCUGGCUCUUGCUGGCAUGGCUAAAACCAAGGGCAUCCACUCAAGUGUAGACAUUGGAGUGAAGUAUGCAGAGAGACAGGAGAGGGCAUUUGAUGAGGAGAAAAUGAAAGCCGGACAAUGUGUCAUUGGAUUACAGAUGGGAACAAAUAAAUGUGCAAGUCAAGCUGGAAUGAAUGCCUAUGGUACCAGAAGACACCUGUAUGAUCCCAAGUCACACAUUCUACCACCAAUGGACCAUUCAACCAUCAGUCUGCAGAUGGGCACAAACAAGGGUGCUAGCCAAUCUGGUAUGACAGCUCCAGGAACACGUCGUGCCAUCUACGACCAGAAAUUAGGCACCGACAAGUGUGACAACUCCACAAUGUCUCUACAAAUGGGCUACGCUCAAGGCGCCAACCAAAGCGGGCAGAAUUUCGGGCUUGGCCGUCAGAUCUACGAUGCCAAGUACUGCCCCAAAGGUGCACCCAGCGCAAGCGGAGAAGCUGACACUGGCUACAUGGAUUACCAAGACGAGGGCUACCAGGGUUAUCAGGAUGACGGUCAAGAUUACUGAAACAACCAAUCGCAGGCAUUGAGUCUCAAUAAGAAGCUAAAGGGAAGUUGAUACUUCCUUGCAAACAAAAGACCCAAAGCAUUCCAUUACACCACAGUGAGCGUGCCAUCUGUCGGAUAGUGGUGGAAGUGACCAAUAUGAAACAUAUCACUUAUGUUUUAAAUAUAAACAUGUUUUUUU